AUGGUAAAACCUGACAAUAAAGCUGGUAAUGAUGAUACUGAAGAACCAGUGGAUGAAAGAUUGAAAGGAAUUGAUCCCAAGAUGAUUGAGCUGAUUAAUAAUGAGAUCAUGGAUCAUGGACCAAAGCUCACCUGGGAUGAUGUGGCUGGUUUGGAAUUUGCCAAGAAAACUAUAAAAGAGAUUGUAGUGUGGCCAAUGCUCAGACCAGAUAUAUUUACUGGGUUAAGAGGUCCACCUAAAGGUUUGUUACUAUUUGGUCCACCAGGAACAGGCAAGACCUUGAUUGGUAAAUGUAUAGCAAGUCAGUCUAAAUCAACAUUUUUCUGUAUCAGUGCCUCUUCUUUAACUUCUAAAUGGGUAGGAGAAGGUGAGAAGAUGGUGAGAGCGUUGUUUGCUGUAGCGAGAUGUAACCAGCCAGCUGUGAUAUUUAUAGACGAAAUUGAUUCUCUCCUGUCUCAGAGAUCUGACAAUGAACACGAGGCGUCUCGUAGAAUUAAAACAGAAUUUCUCGUCCAGUUGGAUGGUGCUGCCACUGAUUCUGAAGAUAGAAUACUAAUUAUUGGUGCAACAAACAGACCUCAAGAGAUAGAUGAAGCAGCACGUAGAAGGUUUGUAAAGAGAUUGUAUAUACCUCUACCUGAAGAUAUAGCACGUCGACAAAUAGUGGUCAAUCUUCUAAAACAACAGAAACAUCAACUUACAGACCAAGAUUUAGAUCUCAUCUGUCACAAAUCAGAUGGCUAUUCUGGAAGUGACAUGGCUAAUUUAUGUCGUGAAGCAGCUUUAGGUCCUAUUAGAAGUAUCCCGUUCGAUCAGAUAGAAACCAUAACAAAUGAUGAGGUUCGGGCCAUAAUUUUAGAAGAUUUUUUGGAAUCAUUGACUCAAGUUCGAGCCAGUGUAUCAAUUAAAGAUCUUGAUUUAUAUAUAGAAUGGAAUCAAUUAUAUGGUAGUUUUGGGAAAUAAAACUUUAUUGAAAAUU